AUGGAGGAGAGCGAGCAGCGCCCCGGCGAAGGAGGCGCCCCGCCGCCCCCGCCGCCGGAGGAGUCGGGCAGCGGCAGCGACGGGGAGCCCAGCCGGCGGCGGGCCCUGCUCCUGCCCAGGCAGCACCAGGCGCCGGGCAACCACCCGCCCCACCGGGUCACCAACUUUUUCAUCGACAACAUCCUGCGGCCCGAAUUCGGGCGGAGGAAAGACGGCGGCGCCGGCGGCGGAGGGGGCUCCAGCCCGGACCGGCAGCCGCAGCAGCAGCACCCGCAGCAGCAGCAGCACCCGCAGCAGCUCCUGGCCGCCCGGAGCCCUGCCUCGGCGCCGGAGCCGGGAUCCCCGGCCGAAGGAGGCGGCGGCGGCGGCGGCUCCAAAGCGCUGGCGGCGGCCAAGAAAGGAGGCGACCCGGGCGCGCUGGAGGGGAGCCUCAAGUCCCGCGGCGGCGGCGGCGGCGGCGAUCUGUCGCUCAGCUCCGACUCGGACAGCUCGCAGGCCAGCGCCUUCUCCGGCGGGCAGCCCAUGCUGUGGCCCGCCUGGGUCUACUGCACCCGCUACUCAGACCGGCCUUCGUCAGGCCCCCGGUCCCGCAAACCAAAGAAGAAGAACCCCAACAAGGAGGACAAGCGGCCCCGGACGGCCUUCACGGCGGAGCAGCUGCAGCGGCUCAAGGCGGAGUUCCAGACGAACCGCUACCUGACCGAGCAGCGGCGGCAGAGCCUGGCGCAGGAGCUCAGCCUCAACGAGUCGCAGAUCAAGAUCUGGUUCCAGAACAAGCGGGCCAAGAUCAAGAAGGCCACCGGCAACAAGAACUCCCUGGCCGCCCACCUCAUGGCGCAAGGACUGUACAACCACUCGACGGCCUCGAAAGACGGCAAGUCAGACAGCGAGUGAGGGCCGGGGG